UGCGCGCUGACACACCACCACUUUCACAAACACCUGUCACAACAACACAUCACGACAUGGCACGGGUGCUGUCGAUUCAGAGCCAUGUGGUGCAUGGCUACGUCGGGAACAAGGCAGCGACCUUCCCACUCCAAGUGCUUGGCUUUGACGUGGACGCCAUCAACUCUGUCCAGUUCUCAAACCACACAGGGUACUCGCAAGUCAAAGGGACAAAGCAGACGGCCGAGGAGCUGUGGGACCUCUUCUCUGGACUCGAGCACAACGACCUUCUCUCCUACACCCACAUUCUCACAGGCUAUGUUGGCAGUGCGGAGUUCCUCUCCACUGUUGUGUGCAUUGUGCGGAAACUCAAGGAGGUGAACCCGGAUAUUGUGUACGUGUGCGACCCAGUCCUCGGAGACCAUGGCCAACUCUACGUCCCAGCAGACUUGGUUCCUGUGUUUCGCACAGAGUUGAUACCGCUCGCCGACAUUGUCACGCCAAACCAGUUUGAGCUGGAGAUGAUCUUGGAGUGCGACAUCAAAUCUGAGGCGAUGGCGUUUGAGGCGCUGCAGCGGUGCUUGGCACUCGGUAUCAAGCACGCCGUGCUGACCAGCUUCCAUGGCGACACCCGCGAGCGGAUUACCUUGCUCGGCUGUGCCCAUCCACAGCGGAGCAAGGAACAGGCAGAAGCGGCACAGGGGAGCACUGCGGACGGUGAUGGAGGUGACGGAGACGUGACGUCUGAGCUGACACGAUACCGCCUCACUGUUCCUCGGUUCGAUUUCUACUUCACCGGCACAGGCGACCUGCUCUCUGCGCUCAUCCUCGCGCGCACGUGGGAGGCGCCUGCAGACCCGAUGACAGCGGUCGCAAAGGCAGCAGCGUCCCUUCAGGGUGUGUGCCAGCGCACGUACGAGUACUGUCGCCAUGUGGAAGCACCGACGGCGCGACACAAGGAGCUGCGGCUCAUCCAGAGCAAGGAUCACAUUGAGUCGCCCGAUUUGAAUCUGCUCCGCGAGUGCGAGAAGCUGUAAGCCAGUCAAAGUCCAAGCCAUUCCAUCCUUGAGCAGUGGCCGUGAAAGAGUGUGUCUGUGUGUGUGUGUGUGUGUGUGUGUGUGUGUGUGUGUGUGUGUGUGUGUGUGUGUGUGUGUGUGUGUGUGUGUGUGUGUGUGUGUCAUUGUC